AUGGAUAAUCAGAUACACGCAGAUCUUCUAAACGAAUAUGAAAUUCUAAAUAUACUUCACCACCGUUCCAAAAACCAACAUCGUCAACAGCACUGGUUCAAAUACCUCAAUAUAAUAUAUCGUAAUCUACGCAAACUACUCAAGCUACAAAUCGAUAUAGAUCGACUUCAGAAUACCCCCAAGUAUCGAUUGAGAAUAGAGCAUAAGCAAAGUCAAAUGGUAAAACUAAGCAAUAAGAUAAUACAGGUUUCGCGCAGUGCAUAUUGGGCAUAUAAUUCGAUACUAGUCUUGGGACAAUACAUUACUUUAGGCUUUGCCUUGAUUGGGAACUUGGCCAAAAUUGUCCAUUUAGUGCAAAAUAUUGAUGGUGUUAAUGUUAAGAGAGUUACUAAUCUACCUGCUAGUGACUACACCGAUACAAAUUUGAGCAAUGUGGGUAAUAUGUUUGGUGGUGAUAUGAAUGAAGAUGAUUUAGAUGAUUUAGGUGAAGAAAUAGCUUAUGAUGAGGAUGACACUGCGGCCACCCCCGAGAAUGAAGCCACUACAGCUCUUCAAGGAGACGCAAAUAGUAAUCAGACUAGACAAUUGAAUGUUCUUUCUCUAACAGGAGCGAGCCUGGGUGCCAACCAGGAGAAUGAGAAGAAUAAAAGUUCCCAACCACCAAAAGUGGACCAUCCUACGUCAUCAGAACCACCAAAUAAAUCAAAACGCAAGCACAAACCAGCACCACCAAAUUCUAUUGAUGAUAUAUUCGCUGCAUCCUCAAAAAAGAAAAAGAAAAGCAAUGAAUCAAAGAAAUCAAGGUCAAGCAAGAAAUCAUCAAGAUCGGCAAUUGAUGAUAUCUUCUCUUAG